GUCUUGUAAGUGACCGAUGGAGGAGGGCGACGUCGAGAUGGCGGCGGCAGACGGCGGAUCUGGCGUCGUAUUAUUUCUCUUUAUCGCACUUUCUGUGAAUUUCUGUUUGUGUAAUUUUAAAUUCUUUCAGAUUUAUCUUCGCUAUCCUGUGAAAUCCCUAAUUUUUGUACAUAUGAGCUAGAUGAUAUGAAGAAGAGGCUUAAAGAUAUGGAGGACGAAGCGACCGCUCUCCGUGAAAUGCAGUCAAAAGUUGAGCAAGAAAUGGGCGCCGUUCAAGAUCCUGCUGCUGCUGCAGCUAAUCAGGCAAAUAGAGAAGAAGUGGAUUCUCGCUCAAUCUUUGUUGGCAAUGUGGACUAUUCAUGUACCCCAGAGGAAGUGCAGCAGCAUUUCCAGUCAUGUGGGACUGUUAAUAGAGUAACUAUUCGGACCAACAAGUAUGGGCAACCAAAGGGGUAUGCAUAUGUCGAGUUUCUUGAGGCAGAAGCUGUUGAACAGGCUAUUCUUCUGAAUGAAACUGAACUUCAUGGUCGUCAAUUGAAGGUGUCAGCCAAGAGGACCAACGUUCCUGGCAUGAAACAGUUUCGCCCACGGCGUGCCAACCCUCACACGGGUUAUCGCUCUAGGACACCAUACAUGCCUGCUCCAAUUUUCUAUUCUCCUUAUGGAUAUGGGAAGGUUCCCAGGUUCAGAAUGCCCAUGAGAUACAACCCUUACUUCUAAGCCUCAAGAUUUUGAUUGAGAUUUGCAUGUCAACCCUUAAAUAUUCCUUGGUCACUCUGUUGUAUGACUAGCGCAAGCAUUUAGAAGUGAUAAUUAAUGGAUUGAAGCUUUUAGUGGAUUGUUAUUGCUUUAUGUUUGUGACUAUGAUGCUUGAUUUUUCUUAUCUCUUAAUGGAUUUCAUCGGAAGGAACAGUGUGCUGUACUUUUGGUUUACAAUUAUUUUAGGAUUUCCAUUUUCUCCCAAA